AACACCCUCAUUUAUACUGGUUAUGCUUCAAAGAAAGAGGUGUAAUUCAUCGGCCACCAGCAAAGACAGAAUAGAGCUAUGGAUGCUAUUCAGGCUAUAGUUUUAUACCCAUCACCACCUAUAGGCCACUUGGUUUCUAUGGUAGAGUUAGGCAAACUCAUACUUACUCACCAUCCUUCACUAAGCAUCCACAUAAUCCUUGCCACCCCACCUUACAGAGCCGAUGAUACCGCCCCAUACAUUGCCUCUGUGUCUGCCACUACAUCCUCCAUCAUCUUUCACCGCCUCCCCACUGUCUCUCUCCCUCCCUCUAUCACUUCCGGCACACGCAACCAUGAAACCCUAACCUUUGAAGUUCUCCGCCUCAACAACCCUCACGUCCACCAAGCCCUCCUUUCCAUCUCCAACAGCUUCACUGUCCAAGCUUUUAUCAUGGACUUCUUCUGCGGUCUCGGACUUUCUGUUGCUACUGAUCUGAACAUCCCAGGUUACUUUUACUUAACAUCUGGUGCAGGGUUCCUAGCCUCCUUCCUUUACCUUCCUACUAUUCACAAAAACACUGACAAGAGCCUUAAAGACCUUGACACCCUUAUCUGUAUUCCAGGAGUACCACCAGUACAUUCCUUAGAUAUGCCGAAACCAUUUCUUGAACGCAAUGACAAGGCUUAUGAAUGCUUCCUAGAUAACUCAACCCACUCGACCAGAUCAGCUGGGAUUAUCAUAAACACUUUUGAAUCACUUGAACCUAGAACUAUCAGAGCACUAUCAGAUGGACUAUGCUUGCCUGAUGAUAUUACCAUGCCGCCCAUCUACUGCAUAGGACCGUUAAUCAUUUCUCAAAGAGGUGGAGGCCGGGCUGAUGUGCCUGAGUGUUUGACGUGGCUGGAUUCACAGCCAAGUGGAAGUGUGGUCUUCCUUUGUUUUGGAAGCUUAGGAUUGUUUACAAAGGAGCAGUUGGAGGAGAUAGCUGUGGGGUUAGAGAGGAGUGGCCAAAGGUUCUUGUGGGUUGUUCGUAAUCCACCUUCUCAUAAUCAAAGCGUGGCUAUUGCAGGCCAAGUGGAUCCGGAUUUGGAUUAUUUGCUUCCAGAUGGUUUUUUGGAUAGAACCAAGGAUAGGGGUCUUGUGGUGAAGUCAUGGGCGCCACAAGUAGAAGUUCUGAAUCAUGAUUCAGUAGGCGGAUUUGUGUGUCACUGUGGGUGGAACUCAAUUUUGGAGGCGGUGUGUGCUGGGGUGCCAAUGUUGGCUUGGCCACUCUAUGCAGAGCAGAGAUUAAAUAGGGUUGUUUUGGUUGAGGAAAUAAAGAUUGCUCUGCCGGUGAACGAAUCAAAAAGCGGGUUUGUGAGUGCAAAUGAGGUUGAGAAUCGAGUUAGAGAGUUGAUGAACUCGGAGGAAGGAGAGUCAAUCAGGAAGAAGAUUGAGGUUCUGAGAAGUGAAGCAAAUGCUGCGGUGAGUGAAGGCGGAACAUCUAAUGUCGCAUUAGUUAAAUUGGUUGAAUCAUGGAAUCAAGGCAUGGUCUAGUUUAACCAAGUUUAUUACUUAGAACUGUUCUUGAUAUUUGUUUUCAAACUAAAUAAAACCGAGUCCCCUUUGGAAAUGUUGUAGUGUGAUCGGUGGGAGAUGAGUCUUGUUCAAGUUUAUUGA